AUGCCGGGAACGGGCAGGGAAAAGCGCUUAGAGCAAGGUGUCACAGCAGGAAUAACACCUCUCCGACAACGACCCGCACCCUCGGCACUCCCGCCCAGCCGGCUCCACCCCGCUGCGCCGGGGCGGAGGCAGCGCCCGCGGCCGGGACGAGCCAGCGCUGCCGCCCGGGGGGAAGAGGAGGGAUUUUCACCUGCCCCAGCCCGCCCCGCCCCUCCAGGUGGCGAGGUGGAGCAGGAAGCGGGCGGCGGCGGUGCCGGAGGGGACCCGCGCCCGCCUCGGCGCGGGUCCAUGCGGGAGAUGGCGGCGGGCCAGGCGCUGGCCGCGCUCCUGGCCGCCUCCUGGCCGCCUCGGCGCAGCUGCUCCCGCCGCAAGAGCCAAGACCGAAGAGCUGCUCAGACAUGCUCCAAGAUGUCCUCUUGCUGGCUUACAUCAAGGCACAUACAGCAAGCAUAUUUCUAUGUUGUCUGUGCUGACAGAGCCAAGGCAUUUUCUAUUGGUACAACACUAGAGACUCCUGAAAAUGUGGAUGCUAAUAUUCCUUUGGACACUGUGGCAUCUGUGGUGAUGUGGGGAAAGGCUGCUUCCUUUGCAAUCUCUCUUCGUAAAGUGGACAACACCACAGUUACAAUUAAACUGAAACCUGGUGUUUCAUCAAGCUGUAAAAUGCACAUUAGAAGUGUCAUCAGGUCUGAACUCAUCUUAAAGCCUGGGGAGAAUGUGACUUUUACCUUCACUUGUAGUACUCCAGAGAAGUAUUUCGUCAUGGAAAUUCAGAAAAAUAUUGACUGUGUGUCAGGCCCAUGUCCCUUUGGAGAUGUUUAUCUUUACCCAAUGCAGCUGCCCCGCCUUAACAGGACUUAUAUCUGGGAUGUGAAGGCAAGUACAAAAGCUGGACUCGAACUAAAAUUUUCUGCCCCGUGGCUAAGGCAGAUUGAACCAGGAGAGACGUGCUCAGAUUUCAUUAGCUACAACAUCAACAGCUGUAUUGAUAACGCCGUGGUCAACAUUGGCACCUUCUGCAGGAAUGGCUCAGUGUCUCGUGUCAAGUUGCUGGGAGGAGUUGUCAUGUCUCUGCACCUCCCAUGGGACUCGCCCCUCACCACCUCAGGCUUCAGCAUAGCUAACAGGACUUCCAUAAAAAGGUUAUGCAUAAUUGAAUCCAUUUUGAAGAGGGAGUCUUCCAUCACCCUGAUGUCCCCCAACUACCCACUGGGCUUUCCAGAAGAUGAGCUCAUGACGUGGCAGUUUGUGGUUCCUUCAAGCAUGAGAGCAAGUGUGUUUUUCCACAACUACAGCCUCUCCAACUGCGAAAGGAAAGAGGAGAGAGUAGAGUACUACAUCCCUGGCUCCCCCAGCAACCCGGAGGUGUUCAAGCUGAGUGACAGCCAGCCUGCCAAUAUUGCUGGCAGUUUCAACAUGUCCCUGCAGGGCUGUGAUCAGGAUGCCCAGAACCCAGGCAUCCUUCGCUUGCUCUUCCAAGUCAUCGUUCAACAUCCGCAGCUUGAUGAGAAUGUCACCCAUCUGGUUGACCUGAGCAAGGAGCGGAACAUGACUGUGACCAUACACUUAGAAGGGUGGCCUGGCCGCACCCCACUCAUGUCUGAACCCGCAUGCUUGAUCUGUAAGGAUCCUCGCACCUGCGACCGCAUCUUGACUUUAGCGUCUGGCACCGUCUACAGGAUCUCCUUUCUGUGCAAGGACUUAUCCCGUCUGAGGAUCACGGCUGAAAAAGGCAUAAGCUGUGUUGAUCUUUGGUGGUGUCAGAGGAAGAUCUAUUCUCUUUCGGUGCCCAAGGCUAUUAUGCAAUUGCCAAUUCCGCUGCACAGGUUUAUUUGGAAGCUUUUGGCCCCCGAUCUGAUCAACAUAGAAGUUACAUCUCCGUCCUUGAAACUUCAGCAACAUGUCUCAGAUGUCCCAGAGCAGAGGUGCAACAGGAGCUUCAGUUACAACAUUGUUAGUGCCACCCCAGAGACGGAGCUGAAUGUUGGUGUAUUCUGUCCUGGUGGAUCCAUUGAAAAGAUUCAGAUGAGGAAUAAUAUCACCAUAUCCUUAAAUACAUUUGGUAAAGGAUUCAUCAAUGAGUCUAACCAUCAAGAUUUGAAAAUGUCUUUUGUGCCACAUAUUAAAGAUGAGUGCUCUUUCACUGUGAGUCCAAAUCCAAAGGCCAGAGUUUACUUGCAGACUCCCAACUGGCGUUAUGGUUUACCUCCCUAUGUCUCCAUAUCCUGGUACAUCAUUGUGCCCAGCAAGCAAAUUGCCCGCCUUGGGUUCCUCAAGGACCGCAUGGGUAUUGCUUGUGAGACAGGCCGUGCCUAUAUCAACAUAAAGGAGGAGACUUUGGGGGCAGAGGAGACCGUGCGCCGUGAGGAUGAAGUUCUGCCUAAUCCCCGAAAUAUGUAUCACAACUUCUGGGUAAACAUCUCCAACUGUAAACCUGUGGACAAGAUGCACCUGACCUUGGAGUUCUGGGUGACUUUUGCUGACAAGCAGAUAGACCUAGGAAUCAUACUCGCUGUGGUAGCUGGGGCCGGAGUUCUUGCGGCUAUUGGACUGACUGUGUGCUGUGUUAAGAAGAAGAAGAAGAAAACCCAGAAUCCCAUGGUGGGAGUGUACAAUGCUAACGUGAAUACCCAGAUGCCUGGAAAAAAAAGCUUAUUCAGAAAAGGGAGGCAAAACAACGAGUCUCAUGUCUAUGCAGUUAUUGAUGAUGCUGUGGUCUAUGGACACUUGCUGAAGGAGUCUAAUGGCUCAAUUGCCCCAGAAGUUGAUGUGUACCGGCCUUUUGAUGGACGCAUGGGUAGCUUGCCUCCUUCACCGCCUCCAUUCUCCUUCAGAAAAGACAUUAAAUGCUCUUCUAACACUGGGGAGGAAUCUCCACCUCUGAUGGACACAGACCAUGACACUUACACAUUUGCUCAUCAGAAAUUGGGGCAAUUAGAGGACAAUGGAGAUGCAAAUGAAAAGGAUAAGGAAGACACAAGUAUGCCCUUGCUGGAAAGUAAGAAACAGGAUGGUUUAGUGGAAUAAUUUUAUACCAGGUAUAGCAGUUUCCUGUGGAAACACAGGUGUAAGGAUAGCAGUCUAGGAGAAAAAAAGUACUGAAGAGGAGUGUUAUUUUUAAAUGUGUUUUGAUAUUGUGUUGUUUUGUGUGUGGUUUUGGUUUUUUGUGUAAUUUUAUUUUUUUAAAUUUAGCUGUUGAUAGCUUUCAAUUUUAAAGUGAACAUCUAGCAAACUCAGUCAGAACAUUCCAGGACUGCAUGCACUUCUUGUCGUGAAACAGGUGCCAAAGGUACACUUCUGCUUUUUACUAAAAAGGCAUCUGGAAAUUUAAUUCCUAACUGCCAGCUUAAAACUGGGGCCAUUAGUAGUGGGGAGAGUGUUCUGUCCAGUAUUUCCUCCUCUCAGAGUCAUUUGUUUGAGUGUUGGUUGGUGACUCUUAGGAGAUGCAGGCUGCAUCACUGUCUCAAGGCAGCUCCAGGUUGCACACAUCUAAGCAAUCUGCUAAUAUCUGAGCACAGGUGGGGACACUGUCCUUUCCACCUGUGAAAGGACAGUGAAAGCUGUGAAAGCUUGAAAAUUUUAUCAUAUUUAGCAUGAUAGUGGCUAUGUAAGUGUAGUGAAAGACCAGGUAUAGGCCAUGUAGGCCACCUGGAAGAGCUCUCUGCCUAUAAAUCAGUGUGAUCACUUGAGCUUUGGACUCUUCUACUUCAGAAGAUAAGUUAAGGGUUUUCUGUAAUUUUUGACUGAUGUUAUUAUACUUGGAUUGUACAAUAUGAACCUACACCAAAGACUAUUUUCUUGCUUUUGUACAAAAACAGUUUCAAAAAGUCUAAACCAAUUUGCACUUGUGUUCAGAUGCCUAUAACAUUCACAUUCUACUAAUAACUUGAACUUUUGGUUUAAGUAAGAGUAAGGAUUCAAUGAAGAAAUAAGUAUGCGGUCAUUCAGCUGUUUACUAGUGCUUUUCACUUCACCUGUUACUAAGGAUUAAAAAACAUGGUAAAGGAAACUAUUGUUUCCAGCAGGUGGUUUCUCUGAAAUGCAAAGAAUGAGAGUGAAUCCAUAAGACAAGCCUAAAUGUUUCAAGUGUUUAAAUGAUGGUGGGGACAGUUCUUGAUUUCUGGCAGGACUUGCAGUUCAGUUGUCUAGCUGCCUUUUAAAGGCAGCUCUUGAAAUCAGGUAAAUAAUGUGUUCCAUUUUAAGUGCCCCUCACUCUAGCCUUUUUAAAAGCCUGUGCCUUUUAAAACGUGAGGGUCAGAUCUUUGUGCAGAGGAUUACGGGUAUAUAAAAUAAAGUUACCUUUUAUAUACAAACAUCUGUCUUGUCCAGGUGUGCAG